AACUACAUAGAUGAAAGAUAAAGGCCUAUGAAAUGACACGGAAGAAAAACAGGGUUGAAUUCCACUUGCCGCAAAGCGGGGGAAAAUAUGGUUUCCACCAUCCGUUUACGACGUUUCAAUUCCAAACACAUGUUCCUGUGACAAAGUGUUGGUGGUGGUGGAUGGUGUUGUUUGUGUGUAGCAGUGGCGUAUGCAUCGUAGGUGGUGAGUUUGUUGAAUUUUUUCAAUUCUCGAUGCAUUGCAUUAUGGUUCAACAAAAUCAAGUUUCACGAAGUAAUGUUUGUAGUAACGCGGCAGUGUUUCAGUGCAGUUGUGUUAUCUGUGCAUCCUUAAUAUAAAGUGUGCUGUCGUUUACCUAACGGAUAGUAUUAGAAUGCCGAGAAAAACCAAAGUAAAAUAAUAACGCCAUAUAAAAGCCUUUUAUUCUUAAACUUCAAUUUCUUCAUUUUCAACUUUGUGUCUCUUAUCGAUAUGAAAAACUAGCAGUGAAAGUUGGCUACAUUAAAAAUAUCAAUUAAAAUCAAUUUUCAAAUAUAAAUCUUAAUGCGUAUAGUUCUCAAAACCUAUACAUACUAACGAAUGAGUGCUUUCAUGUAUAAAAUUUAACUAUAAUAUUGAGUGCGAACAACUUUUUAAUUGUUGGCAGAACAUUCGAAAUAAAUAAAUAGUACAUAUCGUUUGCUUCAAAAUUUAUAUAAAACAGUUUAUUUAAAUAAGUUUUCACAAUGACUGAUGAAAGUUUACACACAAUACCGCUGGAGCACAACAUUGACUAUCACAUUUUGUCACUGUUCGAACGUUUGGAAGCGAUGCGAAAAGACUCGCAUGGUAAUGCGAUCAACAACCGGCCCUCAAGCACACUGCAACCGAAACGCGAUAUGCAGGGAGAAAUAAGGACUUUGGAAUUCUGGAGAUCGAUCAUCAGUGAAUGUUUGGCGUCAUUUUUCUACGUGUUUAUCGUUUGUGGGGCCGCAGCCGGUGCGGGUGUUGGUGCCAGCGUUUCAUCGGUGCUGCUAGCAACAGCUUUGGCUUCUGGAUUAGCAAUGGCUGCGUUAACUCAGUGCUUUAUUCACAUAUCGGGUGCCCAUAUAAAUCCUGCCGUUACGUUGGCAGCAUGCAUCAUACGCGCCAUAUCACCAAUUCGUGCUGCCAUGUACAUAACGGCACAAUGUGGUGGCGGCAUUGCAGGAGCAGCAUUGCUUUAUGGUGUUACCGUACCUGGAUAUCAGGGAAAUCUACAAGCAGCAAUAUCUCACAGCGCGUCAUUGGCCGCCUGGGAACGAUUUGGUGUGGAGUUUAGCCUGACUUUUGUCGUUGUACUCACUUAUUUUGUUUCAACCGACUCCAUGAAGCGUUUUAUGGGCAACUCGGCCACUACAGUGGGGUCUGCGUAUAGUGCUUGCAGUUUUGUUUCUAUGCCUUACUUAAAUCCGGCUCGUUCGUUAGGCCCAUCUUUUGUACUUAAUAAGUGGGAUAAUCAUUGGGUCUAUUGGUUUGGCCCACUUGUCGGCGGCAUUGCAUCCGGCUUGCUAUUCGAAUAUGUUUUCAGUACGCGCCGAAACUCACGUGCUCACAAACCAAAUGUUGAUAACGACUCUUCCUCCAUACAUUCCGAAGAUGAACUUAACUUCGAUUUAGACGUUGAAAAGUCACACAUGCCUGCUAAAUACCCUCAGAGUACAUAUCCACGCGGACAAGCGAGUACAAAAACGGCGAUCCCAAGUAACACUGGUACUAUUCCAGGUGGAGCAAACUAUUGCCAGAAUUUGUAUACAGCACCUCCUCUUAAUAAAUUUGAUCAGUCAGAGCCAUUGUAUGGUGGCACACGUUCCCUGUACUGUCGCUCACCCACACUCACACGUACAAACCUAAAUCGUUCACAGUCUGUAUACACCAAGAGUAACACAGCUAUUAAUCGGGAGAUUGUACCUCGUCCGGGGCCAUUAGUACCGGCACAAAGCUUAUACGGCAUGCGUAUGACACAGACCCAAACACAAGCUCAGUCAUCGCAUUUACAAAAUCAGAAUGUACAGAAUCAGUUACAGCAACGUUCAGAGAGCAUAUACGGUAUAAGGGGAUCAACAAGGCAACAUCAACAAUCUCAUCAGCAACAGCAUCAACAACAGCAACAUCAACAAUCUCAUCAGCAACAGUCACAACAACAGCUGCAACAUCAUCAGCAACAACAACAUCAUCAACAACAUCACCAUCAACAUCAACCAGCACAACAAUCACAACUUCACCAACCACCACAACCCACAAAUCAAGAUGGUCAACAGGGCUUUCAGCCUGUAUAUGGUACACGUCAUAACCCAAAUCCACUCGAUGGUAAUCUUAAAUACGAUCGUCGGCCUGAGUCGGCGUACGGCAUGGCCAUGCAUCGGAACCGUGGCCAAUCGGCACAAUCGGAUGACAGUUCAUAUGGAUCAUAUCAUGGUUCAGCAGUAACCCCACCAGCACGUAAUCCAAAUUCUGGCGAACCGAUUCUCAUGUAUGCCCCACCCCCACCGAUGACAUCGAGUCAUUCCCAAGUCGUUGCUCCACCAUCCAUUCGUACGCAGUCGGAGCGCAAAGUAACAGCACCAGUUGUCGUGUCUCAGCCGCCGCAAAUAGCGACCGGUGUAGUCACAUAUACUGCGAGUUCCGGUCAAGGUAUGCCACCACCACCUCAACAGACGACGCAACAACAACCUCAGCAGCAACCUCCAUCACAACAACAACAGCAAUCGCAACAACAACAAAUCCUCACUCAGCAACAUCAACCUUCCCAACAACAACAACAACAUUAUGGUAUGUUACCAAUGCGGACCAAUUGAAAUAGGAGCUUGCGCGUAGCCAACGACAAUGAUUAUCUAAUUGGAAGUGUAUAGGUUAAAUGCUCGAGACUUAUAUGUAAAUAUAUUCGGAAUAUAUGUAUAUAUAUGGGUUUGCGAAUUACGCAUUUUUAAAAAUACGACUGUACAGUCGUGAGUUUCAAUAUGAGGCAUAUUGCCUGAACUGUUUUAAAUUGUUCGAGAUUUAUUUUUUAUACGUAUCUACAAUAGUUAUUAACUCUAGUUUUAUUUCGCAAUUUGAAAUAACUUUAAUUUAAAGCCUUUAUGAAAAAUACAUUACAUUUAGACUUAGUUGAGUUCAAAAAUAUAUUUUUAUUGAUAUUGCUUCAGUUUGUAGUAAGCUAAUUAAUAGUUAUAUAAAUAAUUUUGUAUGAAAGUACAUGUAUGUUAAUUUUUUUUUUAUAUUAUUAACAAUAGAAGUACAACAAUUUCAGUAGUGUAGGAAUGAAUUAUUGGCUGUAAGUUUAUAAUAAAAUAAUACAAAGAUAUACAUAUACUUAAUAAACGUUUACUAAUGUACAUACAAACAUAUGUAUAUUUAUAUUAUUUUUAUGUAUGUAUGUAUAUGGACUUUUGUAAAUCUACAACCGGAAUUCGUCAAUAAAAUGCAAAUAUAAAUCCCAUA